AUGGAAGGUGGAGGACACAUUACAAAUGAAGAGGCAGGCAGCAAUGAUAGUGAUAGUGUUGUGAGUGUAAAACAUGAACUUGUGAAACUAAUUAUUAAAGAUGAAACUAUUUUAAUGGAAGGUGGACACAUUACAAAUGAAGAGGUAGGCAGCAAUGAUAGUGAUAGUGUUGUGAGUGUAAAACAUGAACCUGUGAAACUAAUUAUUAAAGAUGAAACUAUUUUAAUGGAAGGUGGACACAUUACAAAUGAAGAGACAGGCAGCAAUGAUAGUGAUAGUGUUGUGAGUGUAAAACAUGAACCUGUGAAUGAAAUAUUAGAUGAAAAUGUUGUAAUGGAAGGUGGAGGACACAUUACAAAUAAAGAAGAAGGCAGCAAUGAUAGUGAUAGUGUUGUGAGUGUAAAACAUGAACCUCAAGGUGAUUUAGUUACACAUAAACUAAUUCAUACCGGAGAGAAACGAUUUUUAUGUGAUGUUUGUAAUAAAAGAUUUACUUAUCGACAUACUUUAGUUAGACAUAAACUAAUUCAUAGCGGAGAAAAACCAUUUUCAUGUGAUGUUUGUAAUAAAAUAUGUACUACAUCAUCGAAUUUAGUUGCACAUAAACAAUUAGAAGUGAAACUGCUUUAG